GGGGAAGAAGCUGUUCCUGAAACGCUAUCCUAGCUGUUUUACUUGGAGAACCAGGCCGUUUUCUAUUCGAGGCAACAAUUCCAGACCAUCACCAGAAACCACAUUUUCUCCGAACUGGCAAGGCGUUCAUGGUAAAUCCCAGUUAAAUGCUUUAUACAAGUAUUAAAAUAAUUGUUGUCCACAGUUCAGCAGAAAUUUGUUGGUUACUUUCUCAGCAGAGUCGUUGCGUAGACGAUGCAUCGCUCGCUGUCACAAACCCCAGGAAAUUAUUGUUAUUUCAACUUUACGUAAAGGACGUGCUUUACGCUUAACUUCAUAUUUUAUUUAAAUCGGUGCUCUACUCUCAGUAUUGUCUACGUUUCCUUUACUGACCGGGAGUGACCAUUUCCAUUACUACUUUAAUGCUGUAUCCCCAGGAAUAACCUCCACUUUGAUCAACAUGGGGCUAGAAUCCACAAACGUCAACAGUUACGCAAAAGUCGCUGUCCAAUAAAUAGUCCACUUAAAAAAAACAAUCCCAGUGAGGAACGCGCUGGCCGACAAAUGCAACUUUUGUGGUAGAAAAACAGAAAGUUCUGGCUUUCAGUUUGCUAACCUACACACAGUUUCGAUUUUACUUCCGCACUUGUUCGCCUUGAAGAUGCAGACCUGGCUGAGAGGGAAGCGGGUCGGAUACUGGCUGAGCGAGAAGAAGAUCAAAAAGCUGAAUUUCCAGGCCUUCGCCGAUCUUUGCAGGAAAAGAGGCAUUGACGUGGUGCUGCUUGAUUUGGAAAAACCAAUCGAGGAGCAGGGGCCGCUUGAUGUUAUAAUCCACAAACUGACCGACGUUAUUCUGGAGGCUGAUCAAAAUGAUGCACAGUCCCAGGAGCUGCUCCAGAGGUUUCAGGACUACAUCAACACACAUCCAGAGACCAUAAUUCUGGACCCCCUCCCUGCAAUCAGGACCCUUCUGGAUAGAUGCAGAUCCUACGAACUGAUUCGCAGGCUUGAAAGCUGCAUGCAAGAUGACCGCAUUUGUUCACCUCCAUUUAUGGAACUCGUUAACCAGUGUGGUGAGGACACAAUGGCAGAGCUGAAGAAGCACAAGCUGACAUUCCCAUUGAUUUGCAAAACCAGAGUGGCACAUGGUACCAACUCUCAUGAGAUGGCGAUAAUUUUCAGUGAGGAUGGCCUGAAAGACAUAAAACCCCAGUGUGUUAUCCAGAGCUUUAUAAACCACAAUGCUGUUCUUCACAAAGUGUUUGUUGUGGGCGAGUCAUACACCGUAGUGGAGCGGCCAUCGCUGAAGAACUUCUCCUCCGGCGGUUCAGACAGAAAAACAAUAUUCUUCAACAGCCACAACGUGUCAAAACCAGAAUCUUCAUCUGACUUAACAGCACUGGACAUGGUGGAAGGUGUCUGCAGGCCCCCAACUGAUGAAGUCAUCAGGAAAAUAUCCAGGAACCUGCGUGAAGCUCUUGGAAUUUCCCUCUUUGGCAUUGACGUAAUCAUCAAUAACCAGACCGGCCAGCACGCGGUCAUUGACAUCAAUGCAUUCCCAGGAUAUGAAGGCGUUCCGGAGUUCUUCACUGAACUGAUAAACCACAUUCAAGUUGUACUGCAAGAUCAAAACCCAGAGUUGCCUCCAUUCGGCCAGAACAAUACUGGGCCUGAGCAGGCUGCAAGCAUCUGUGGGGACCGGGCCUGUUCUGCCGCCUCAGGUUUUGUGACCAUGACGACAAAGGAGGCAUGGCUUAUGGAAGAUGACCCCAGCAACAGCAAGAGGCUGCAGCACCAGAGGCUAACUUGCAAUUCAGCUUUGCCACCCAACUUUCAGAACUGUGUUGCCCCAAUGGCAACUAAAGCUUCCUCGCAAUAACUACUGACUAAACCCAAGCAAAAAAAAAAUCAUUAUUGGGGGUCAACACGAUCCAAUUUCUUAAAUCAAUAGACCAACUUAAGUUUGUUUGAAUGACUUCACAGGUUGGUGCAGGAACUGGAGCACAGUAAAGAAAGGUUUCUUGAGGAGCAGUUCGCAUCAAAGUUUGGAUACUCAACCUAGUUCUUCUCAAGCAUUGAUAUUAGCAAAAAUUGCUUUGUUAGGGAUUUACCAUUCUGGAACGGGAAUCAACCUUAAUUGGCUAAUUCAGCUCAACAGGAAUCCCUUUAUUUUCAUUCGAUUAAUUUGGGCACUGCAUUUCUCUCCCCCGUGAGACUUCACCUCAGUCAGUGCACAGGAGCCCGUUUUCAAAUUACUGUGUAGUUUCCUGUCAGGAGCUGCACACUGUUCCAAGAGUUCUGUGAAAUCCAUGGUUGGUUAAACUCCAGUGAGACCCAUUCUGUCAGUUUGCAAGAAUAUGAUUGAGUUUUUGGGACAAGACAUUGCUGUAGGCUUUAUCUGACAAAAGAAGUUCUCAGUAAAUGAAAGCUCUCCUUUUCAGAAGGGUAAAAUUGAGUGUGGUAAAGUGAGGAUUGCAGCAUAUUUACUUGUAAGAUAAAUAGCUUCUGAAAAUACACAACGUAGAUUCUAAGAAGAGGUAUGGUGAUGUAAUAUCGUACAUGGUCUUAUUAUUAUUAAAUUUCAUAGAUGUUAACAAUAUACUUCCAUGCAUCUCCUGAUUUGAAAGAAAGCGUGAGAAAAACUCAGUGAAAAUAGCUGUAGAGCCUCAUCUGUUUGUGAUGUUUACAAUGCAGUGUUAUCAAUAAGCAUUACUUUUACCCUAGUCUUCUCUUGAAGAAGAAGAAAUAAGGAAAUUUCCUUUGACCAAUCUGUUGGAUGUUUUUGUUUAUUUCCCAGACUUGCAUUAACAAGUGUAGGGGGUCCCGAGUUCUUUCCCAUGAUGAGAGGGCUUCAGUAUUUGCUCGGCAUUUCUGAGUUUCAGUUGCACUCGACAUUGAACCUGUCUUUGGCUAAUUUUAGAUGAAGAAGCAGAAGGGAGUUGUUGGAACUCCUUCUCUGAGCAUUUGAUAUGUUAAAGAAACAGUAGGGGUAAGGUAAGUGGGCAUGUUUUAUGGAUUCCAUCCACUGCUCCUCAGACUACCAUGAAUCAAAAACUUAAGACUUUUCUGAAUCAAAUCAAAAGUCAUUGUGUACCAGUAUUGCAGGCUGAAUGGACAAUGCAUCCAAGUAAAAUCUGCUUCAUAUUUUUGGUUUAAUAAUUGCACUAGCUCAUGUGAUUUACUUGCAGAAGGAAUAUGUUAUUCAAGUUAUUUUGAAAAGCUACACCUAUGCACCACCCUAAACUUAACUAUGACUCUGGCCUGGGAAUAAUCUGUAUUUGUUCCUUCUUCUCGUGGAAACCAGGUGCAAAUACGAUUAUAAUAACUAGUGCACUGGAUAUUUGACCACACUUUGACAUGUUAGUGCUUUUCAUCUCUUGCCUUGUUGGAUGAAAGUUAGUGAGAGGUGGCUGGCUCUUUGCCCUGCUGUCCUGUCAGCAUUGGCAAGACUCAGACGCGCUGCUUCAGUCUUCCAUCUGGCUACUGAAAGGCAUUUUCAGCAUUUAGUAGUUUAAACAUUGAACAUUGGAACUUAAUUUCUGUUGAAUUGGAGCUUCACAAUCAUAUGUCAAUGUGCAAUAGUACCAGGAGGUGGCACUUUUAAACCACCCUAACAAUUUGUCCUUGGCACCAGCAGCUUAAAGGCAUAAAUGGAUAACUUAACAUUUGAAGGGUACGGUUUCAUUUAGAACAGAGAUGAGGGGGAAUUUCUUUAGCCAGAGGGUGAUGAAUCUGUGGAAUUCAUUGCCACAGACAGCUGUGAAGGCCAAGUCAUUGAGAAUAUUUAAAGUGGAGGUUGAUAGGAUCUUGAUUAGUCAGGGUGUCGAUGGUUACAGGGAGGAGGCAGGAGAAUGGGGUUGAGAGGGAAAAUAUAUCAGACAUGUUGGAAUGGAGGUGCAGACUCGAUAGGCCAAUUCUGCUCCUGCGUCUUACAAUCUUAGCUCAUCUACCACAUCCCACUCAUGGAAUUCAGAACAAAGUAAAUUUCACUCAUUAAUUUUGUUAUAAGAAAUUUAGGGAGUUGUGUAAUUUGUCUGACCAUUGAACAAGGCCAAAAUAAGGAAGUCAUGGAUAACAGGACAAAUUCAUUGUAACACGUUGUUGGCAGAUUCUUUACAAGGUCACGUUCGAUAAUGUAAACUCUCACAAGAUAAAUUGCUCACUUUCCUUCAGUCCGUAUUUCCCAGUUGCUGGCACCUCAUGGAAGAUCAGUAUUAAAACUGUGAUUUCCCCUUCCCUUGCCAGUUAAUCUAUGUCGGUACAUGGGGUGGGAAGAGCAUUUGGGAAGAGGGGUUUCAGUACUACUGCCGGUUAUUCUGUGUUCGUACGUGGGGAGGAGAGGUUUCAUUAAUAUUUUGCUGAGUUCCUUUUGGAUGGGAGGGGCUCAAGGUGAGGAGGAACUUGGCAGAGUAGUUGGAAGAUUAAGCCUGUGGUUUGGUUAAGUAGAACUGAAACUGGACAUUUAUAGCCUUGUACUUUGCACAGUGUUGUUCACUCAGCAGCUUUUUCUCUAUAACAGUAGGCAGUCCAUCAAACUUAUAUCGGCAUUCUGGGUUUGUGGAAGAAUAACAUGCAUACUGCAACAUGUUCAGUUGAGAUGUGUUGGAUUCUGAUGGUUUUGGUCCAAGGUUCUUUCACAAGUCAGGAAAGAAGCACAAAAUGUGUUGCUUCACCAUUGUUUUAUUAAGCGGUAAUAGAACAGAGAAUUGAAAACAGGGAGAGGUACAGGUCUAGUAGGGAAAAGGGGAGAAGAGGCAAAGAGGCAUAGUCAGCUCUUAUUAUACCAUAGAAAAGAAACAUUCCAUUGAAAUUUUCAGCUAAGAGCCAACCAAUCAGAUAACACAGACACAAAAUGCUGGAGGAACUCAGCAGGCCAGGCAGCACCUAUGGCAAAGAGUACAAUCAAAUGUUUCAGGCCAAGACCUUCAUUAGGAGUCCCAGUGAAGGAUCUCAGCCUGAGAUGUCAACUGUACUUUUUCCAUAAAUGCUACCUGGCCUGCUGAGUUCCUCCAGCAUUUUGUGUCUGUGGCUUGGAUUUCCAGCAUCUGCAGGUUUUCUCUUGUUUCAGAUUAAACCAAUCAGAUAGCCCCCAUUCAAAUAACGUAGCACCAGAGAAGCUUCCAGAAUUUUCAAAGAACUGUAACCACUAGAGGACAGACUGAACAAUUGUAUAUACAUACUGUGACCACUGGAGGGCAGACUGGUCAAUUGCAUAUACAUACUGUGACCACUAGGAAACAUACUAAACAGUUACAUGUAUAUAAGUUAUAAAAAUACAAGCAGGUAAUCAAUUGUUAAACUGCAAAACAAAAUAACAAUUCUACAGUCUAAUCCGGGGGUUCCCAGCCACUUUUUUUUACGCCAGUGAGCCUUACCGUUAACCAAGGGGUUCGUGGAUCACACGUUGGGAAUCCCUGGUCUAACCCAACACUUACAAAGAUCUACUUUUCCGUAGAUUUGUGACACACAUCCUAUUUCCCUUCAUGUGUUCAGUUAUCGCAAAAGGCAAUAGUCUAAGCUGAUAUCUUCCACGUACUGAAGCAUACACCUGUUCUAUUUUAACAAAUUCCUGGCUUGUCUGAAACUCAGCAGCUCAGGAUUAUGCUAAAUUUAAUCCAUUCAGCUGCUGUUGUUGUUACAUUGCCUAAAGCUUUCUGAUAAUAUUGCACAAUAUUUCAAGCUGUGUGAUAGUGACUGGAGUGUGUAUUAAAUAUGAUAUAUAUUUUGUGGCAUCAUUGUUAAUAGUCUACACACCAGAAUGAAUUCAUUUUUUAUUUAUAUCUUUCUAAUUUUAAUAACUGCUGCUUAUAUAAAAACAAAAAUAUUUUAUGUUUAUUCUGCUAAUUUUAUGUCUUGUUUAACUGAGUAUUACUUAAGAACAUUCUUUGGUUGGUCCAUUGAGAAAGACUUCUGUACUUAGCUCUGAGGGUUGACUCAGAAAGGUUUGGUGACUCAGAUCAGACCAGUUCAGGUUUUUCAGCUUUGUCCAUUGCUUGUUGGAUUAAAAGAAAUGGAGCUUUGUGUACAGCUCAGCCUUGACUUGUAGCAUAGGGAUGUCCUUUGCCCAAAAGCAUUUCCUUCAGUUUGAUGCAGAUAGUUGACAUAGAGAAUGUGUAGAUGAUAUGAGUCUAAAAGAUUGCUUUAUAGAAUAUUUUCUUUUAUGGAUGUUGCAAUGUUCAGGAGAGUAUCAGUGGGAAUGGCCAAUGUAAACACUUCUGUGAACAGUGAUAGUGGGCAGAUUUUGAUUAGAGGGGUUGGCAAACGAAGAUAAAGAGAAAACAAGAGUCUAAACCUGUAGCAGAGAACAAAGAAAUCUGAAAAUUGGAACAAGGCAAAACCAGAGAGCGCAAACUGAUUUUCAUGCAAAGUGCUUCUUAUAUAACCAAGAAGAGAGAGGGGAAUGCUAUAAUGAGGACCUGAGAAGGAGACAGAUAUGCCCCCUUCAAAAUGAUUGUUUUAACUUUAAUUUGCAAUUUUACCCAGUUAUAUUAAGGGUAAAAUAUUAUUUGAAUGGCACUAGUUGAGUUUUUUUUGGGUUUUUAAUGCUUUCUGUGUUGUUCUUGGUAAUGAGCUGCGGCAGAGCAGUUGCAGGGUGGCAAUCAGCAGAGUGCUCAGUACUGCAGAUCUCGGAAAGUUACAGUGGCUUGGGGUGGUCCAGGUUCCAGUAUCUGCACCCUCCUGUGCUGCCAUGGACUAUCAUGGUGUUGUUAGCUGAUUGGAUUAAGAGGCAGUUUAUUAAUGAAUUGUGUUUUUGUCCUCAUAGGUUUAAAAUAAUUGUUCCUUAGAAACUGAGCUUCACAUGUGUUUGCUGCUCUAAAACAUCAUUGCUUUUGGCAUUAGCAUCAAGUCAGCUUUCCCAUUGGAAAAUCAGGCAACAGCAAUGCUGUUUUCACCUAGAAAGAGAAGUAAGAGACUCGGGCAUUUCCUGAUGGGAGUCGCACAGAAUCAUUGUCAUUCCAUAGUUUGGCUGAACUGGGUGCAAGUAAAGUCUCCAGGCCUUAAAGAACCCAUCACCAUGGCAACCAGGAACUAGCUGAAUGAAUGGCUGCUAUUCAGAUAAGGUUGGGGAGGAGGGAGCAAUGUGCUCUUCACUUUGUAUGGUUAACUUCCCCUCCCAUGCAAUCCACUGCCCUAAUGGAGAGCCAGGCUGUAGUGGUUUGAUGUCAUUUUGAUCUGCAGGGUGAUCACUGAUGCAAGGGUUGCAGAGUAAUGUAUCAAGGUACAAGGCUGCAGGCAACAGUAGGCAAUGAAACGUGAUGACACGAAUAUUUGAUCAUUGUCUAUGAAUCUUUCAGAUGUUAAGAAAUGGACAGCCUUUAAUUCAAUGCCCACAUGGAUUUCUGUGUGUUCCUGUGCUUGUUUCCUUUGUGACUGUCAUGAAUUGUUAUUCUCCCAACAUGGGAGCAAGUCUCAGUGACUCUGAUUUCAUACUAUGCACAUCUGACCCUGCAUUCCGAUGAGCAAACUCCAGCUUUGUGAGAGGUCCAAAUUCACCCAGAUGUGAUUGUGACCUUCACUAGAUAAAAUUGUAAUUGUACAAUAAGCAAGCACAGUCAGUAAUCUGUUGAAUUUUAAGGGUGGCAUUAAAGUUUCAUUCUCAAUGACCAUUGGCACUGUUGCCAUAUGAGUCAUCCUAUCAUAUUGCAUUCAGAAUGCUAAACUGUAACCCUUAAAAUGUGCUGUUUUGGAAUAUUUAGAGGCAGAUUUUGAGGAAAGCAUUUCGAGAUGGAGCCAGAGCAUGCCAACUUGUUGCAUUACCAAAACCAAAUUUCAAAUGGCACCUUGAGUGAAAUAUCUAAAUCCUUGGUCAGUGAGGAAAAGCACUGAGCAGAUAAGUGAGCUAGGGAGAUCAGCUCAUCAGACCCUGUUCAGCGACCUCUGUCUGAGCCUAGAGGGGAAGGCAGAGGAAUAUUGACUCCAGUACAAAUAUCAGCAAGCCCUCUCCGUGGACAAUGUGCUAUCCUCGAUUAGUGGCUCUUUCAGUGAGUGUUUGUCGAAGUCUGGAGUUGUGCUUCAGUUUCAGCUUAGAGGGCUCGAACAACUUCUCUCCACCUCUUUGCCUUUUCCUCCAGGUUCUUCAGUCAGAAACGGGUUUAGUGUCACUGGCAUAUGUUGUGAAAUUUGGUUUUUUUUGUCAUAUUAGUAGUAGUACAUUGCAAUACAUAAUAAUAAAUACUAUAAAUUACAAUAAUAACUACAUAUAGAAAAAUUAAAUUAAAUAAGUAGUGCAAAAAUAGAGGGAAAGUAGUGAGAUAGUACUCAUGGGUUCAUUGUCCAUUCAGAAGCCUGAUAGUGGAGGGGAGGAAGCUGUUGUUGUUUACUGAAGUGCCAUGGCUGUGCCUGGAUUUCAGCUGUAGACGUCCUGAACGGGUCUAUCGGAUGAUUCCAUUCAGAGCUUUACACAAGCAGUUGCCUUUAAUGUUGCCGCCUUUUUGUUCAGUAUGGAGGCUUGUCACCAAUUCCCAUUUGUUCUACUAUUUUUGGACAUUAGAAUUAAAGAGUUUCAUAGAUAAUCAACACUAAAGCUUGCAGAUUGUACUUUUCUUCCACUUUUACCCAAUUGUUAUAGGGAGCAAGCAACAGAAAUUCCACUUCGACUUGUAUUUUACCCCAGUGGGUGUAAAAAUUGUUCCACUGAAACUGUACAUGCUGACAAAUUGUUUGGGAUUGAAACAAGAUCCCGCCAACCCGGGUUCAUCUGGUGUGAAUAGGUCACAAUUAAUGUGGGACUGUAAAACAAAGGGGAGUUACACUGACUGAGUUGCGGUUCACAUCGUCUAUUCUGGUACACUGAACCUUGGCUUGGUAAUGUAAAAGUUACAUUCAGUAGACGCUUAUCACUGCAUAAUGACACCACGUAGUUUCAGUUCAUACUACUACGUUACUGAUGAGCAAUGGCUUACAAAGAGUGCUUGCAAAAUCCAGAGACUAUUGUGAACCAUCCUGUUAUAAUCAUGGCCAGUGCAUUAUACCUAUGUUAUUGCAUAUUUUCUGUUUCAUGCAUAAUUUUUGAAAUGAUCCCUGAUGUUUUAUUCAGCCUGUAUAAUCUGCUGCUGUUACCUGUCUGGUGUAACCUAUAGAACUGUAUAUGUAACUGACCAUGGCUGCAUGUUAACAGGAUACACUACCUCUUAUUUACUUCAAGCAAUUCAAGAUUGUUUAAUGUCAUUUCCAGUACACAGGUGUAAAGGAGAAUGAAGUAAUUACACAUAGCCAGUGACUUGUGUGUUAGUGAAUAGUGGCUUUCUGUUUGUAUUAGCUGAGGUGUUGAAGCUGGCUGAAGUGAAGUCUUGUGCUGUGGUGAAGCCUGUACUGACUGCAGAUCUGGCUCUACUGUACAGUGAAAUCAGUUAGGUUUGACCAAUUCCCUCACAUGUGCCUUGAAACUAACUGUGCUCCUUCUCACUGUGUGCAUGAUCGUACUGUCAUCAAAAUAGUAAAAAAAUAAAUCAUAACAUUUUCAGUGGCCUCUCCCUCAAUUCUUUCAAUCCUUAGUUCAUCCAGGACUCGGGUUGUUUGGAGUGGCUGACCGGUGGUCACUGCCAGUGAGGUUGAACUCGCAGCUUUUCACCUCUCGAUGUCUCAAAGCUCAACUUGUUAAAAAAACUGAAUAAUUUGGUGUGCGUUCUGAUAUUCUGGGGACCAAGAAGAGGCACUCUACUGAACCUUCUGAAGUCAAGACUCAUGGAAAGGAAGGUGAUUUUGUACAGUUAUGAGGGGUAUAGAUGAAGUAAAUCAUUGAGGUUGUGUGAGACUAGAACUAAAGGUCAUAGGUAAAGGGUGAAGUGUUUUAGGGGAUCAUGAAGGAAACUUCUUCACUGAGAGGGUGGUGAGAGGUGCCAGUGCAAGGAGUGAAUGCGAGGUCGAUGUUUAAGGGAAAGGUGGAUGGGAACAUUGAGGAGAUUUCAAGUAGGAUAGAUAAAGAGGGUGCAGUUGAUGUUGUAUAUUUGGACUUUCAGAAGGCCUUUGACAAGGUGCCACACAUGAGGCUGCUUACCAAGUUAAGAGCCUAUGGUAUUACAGGAUUGUUACUAAGUUACAGGUAAGAGCAUUGGGUGAUUGGUAGGAGGCAGCGAGUGGGAAUAAAAUUAUCCUUUUCUGGUUGGCUGCCAGUAUCUAGUGGUGUUCCACAGGGGUUGGUGUCGGGACCACUUCUUUUUAUGUUGUAUAUCAAUGAUUUAGAUGAUGGAAUAGAUGGCUUUGUUGCCAAGUUUGCAGAUGAUAUGGAGAUUGAUGAAGGGGCAGGUAGUGUUGAGGAAACAGGUAGGAUACAGAAGAACUUAGACAAAGUAGGAGAAUGGGCAAGAGAGUGACAAAUAAAAUGCAAUGUUGGAAAAUGCAAGGUCAUGAACUUUGGUACUAGAAAUAAAUGUGUGGACUAUUUUUUAAACGGAGAAAAUCCAAAAAUGCAAAGGGACUUGGGAGUCCUUGUGCAGAACUCACUAAAGGUUUCAAUAGGUACAUUUAAUGUCAGAGAAACGUAUACAAUAUACAUCCUGAAUCUCUCCUUCUGCAGACAGAGUCGGUGGUGAGGAAGGCAAACGCAAUGUUGGCAUUCGUUUCAAGAGUCUAGAAUACAAGAGCAAGGAUGUGAUGCUGAGGCUUUAUGAGGCACUGGAGAGGCCACACUUUGAGUAGUGUGAACAAUUCUGGGCUCCUCAGCUGAGAAGAGAUGUGCUGGCAUUGGAGAGGGUCCAGAGGAGGUUCACAAGGAUGAUUCCAGGAAUGGAAGGGUUAUCAUACAAGGAACAGUUGAUAGGUCUGGGUCUGUACUCGCUGGAAUUCCGAAGGAUGAAGGGGGAUCUCAUUGAAACCUUUUGAAUGUUGAAAGGCCUAGACAGAAUAGAUAUGGAAAUGAUGUUUCCAAUGGUAGGGAGUCUAGGGCAAGAGGGCACAGCCUCAGGAUAAAGGAGAGUAAAUUUAAAACAGCUGCGGAGAAAUUUUUUUAGCCAGAGGGUGGGUGAAUUUGUGGAAUUUAUUACCACAGGCAGCUGUGGAGGCCAGAUUGUGGGUGUAUUUAAGGCAGAGCUUGAUUGGACUCGGCAUCAAAGGUUACGGGGAGUGGGGCUGAGGAGGGGAAAAAAGGAUCAGCCAUGAUUGAAGGGUGGAGUAGACUCGAUGGGCCAAAGAGCUUAUUUCUGCUCCUAUGUCAUAUGGUUACGUGGAGUGGAGGUUAUGGAUUGGGUGCAGGUUGAUGGGACCAGGUUAAGUUAAUAGAUCGGCAUGAACCAGAUGGGCUGAAGGGCCGGUUACUGUGCUGGAUUGUUCUGUGACUCUAAAGAUUGGUGUUUGUAUAAGGUUAACAUCUUUUCUCUUUAUCUCAGCUCUGAUCUGCACCUUCAGUUGUAAUGCAAGGUUUCAACCUGAAACGUCAGUGAUUACUUUCCUCUCACAGUCGCCGCUCGGCUUGCUGCAGAGCGUUUCCAGCAGAUGGUUUGUGGAGUCAUGUGGCAUAAUUUGUUGUCCUUAAUAAUCCAUUAAAAACCCU